AUGGGCAAGAUAAUUUUUUACGAAGAGAGGAACUUUCAAGGAAAGUUGCAUGAAUGUUCAGGAGACAAUGCAGAUUUACAUGCUUUUAUUCCUCAUUGCAACUCAAUACGGGUAGAAAAUGGAUGUUGGGUAAUCUAUGAACGUUCUAAUUAUAUGGGACAUCAGUACUACCUUAAAAGAGGAGAAUAUUCUGACUACCAGAGCUGGAUGGGUUUGAAUGACUCCAUUAGAUCUUGCCAUUCAAUUCCACAUGUAAGUCAUCGUGGAUCUUACAGAAUCAAACUGUAUGAGAGAGAAGACUUCCAUGGUCAGAUGAAGGAGUAUGUUAAUGACUGUUCAAAUAUUAAUGAAAGCUUCCAUACAAAUUACAUUUUGUCCUGUAAUGUUCUUGAUGGUUACUGGAUUUUUUUUGAAGAGCCUGGUUUUCGGGGAAAUCAGUAUUUCCUUAAACCCGGUGAAUACAGAAGAUUUGCUAGUUGGGGAUCUCCAAACUCCAAAGUUGGUUCUUUGAAGAAAAUUGUGGACUUUUAUUAA